AUGCUAGAAAAAGCCCCCCUUCAUCACCACCAUCGAGCACCAGCGCAGACGUUUACUGACUUAAAUCCAUCCUGCAGGGAUCAAUUGCACACAGAGGAACAGAAACAGGUCAACGUAACUUUCCUGCAGCUCAACAUUUUACUUUUACAGCUCAGGAAUGGAGCGAGGAUUGAUCCUGUUGGUUGCUGCAUUGAUGGUUUAUGUUGCACCGGGUGUCCAAGGAACUUUCUCUUUUGCCAAUAACACAGAGGUGAACAUUACCAUGGCUGGUUGUGGCGUCACUAAAUUGUGUGUGGAGACACCAUUGAACUGUGAUCCUACUGGAAAAAACAGCUGUCUGUUUGUGUCUGUGGUCGCCAGCAAAUCAGUGGCUCCCACUGACCUGUCGUUCGAACUUAGAGGAGACUCCAUGGGAUACAUUGCAGUGGGACUCACUGCGAAACCUUCUGAGGCUACCACCAUGCUUUUUAUCUGUGCUCCAGAUGGACAAAACAGGACGUUCAUGUUCCAGACAAUGAAGAGAAACAACGCCGACGAUUCGCUCACUCCAACAGAGAUGAAUGUGACAAACAUUCGAGGCACAGUGAUUGGCAAUGUGAUCCAGUGCAAGUUCACUGUCCCUAAUAUGAAUGCUACCACCUACUCCAUCCUCCUCGGGACAGGACAUUUAGAUGGAAAAACUUUUGGGCACUUCAACAUCUCCCUGGACAGUGGUGCUCUGAACCUCACCAACCCGGUCAGAAACACUGCUGACCCCCACUCCACUGCAACCGCUAACCCAGGCUCCACUAUAACCACCGACCCCCACUCCACUGCAACCACCCACUCAGGCUCCACUGCAACCACCCACUCAGGCUCCACUGCAACCGCUGACCCCCACUCCACUGCAACCACCAACCCCCACUCCAAUGCAACCACCAACCCCCACUCCAAUGCAACCACCCACGCAGGCUCCACUAUAACCACCAACCCCCACUCCAAUGCAACCACCCACGCAGGCGCCAGUGGCGCUGUCCACGCUCUUGAUGUGCUGCUCCUGCUGAGCGUCGUCACGCUGUCCAUGCUGGGAGCCUGAAGUGUCCAGGCGGAAGUUGUGGCCUGUUGGAUACAAUGAAGACAGCUGAUGCACAGGAUUUAAGCACAGAGAAAAAGAGUAUUACCUGAGUAACAGACUAUGUAAAAAUCAUUUUUGCUGAACUUCUUUAGACGUGUACGUUUUGCACUAUGAUUGUACUUUGAGAUGAUCUUUCGGCUAAAAACUAAUCAUAUUCAUGAGGCAUUCGCAGACACGUGUUUAUUUUUAUUGUCUUGUGCAACAUUGACACAAAGCCACCCAUCUGGCGCCACAAGCAGUGUUUGCAAAUGCAAAUUUACACACUUGGGUUUAACGAGUUUGAUGUACUUACCAGAAGAGAACAAUCCUUUAAGGGAAACCCAACCCAAUCAAGGAUGUGAGUGUACUGUGACUGUAUAUAUUUGUUGAAGGCACAGCUAAAAAGAUUAAUCUAAUCAGUUAUUAAUAAAGCCAAAACUAUGAUUAACUCA